CUUAAACAGGAUGUAGAUCCAGGACAGCCACCCCAGGAUCCAGUGGGACAUCCUAUCAUGCACCAGUCUGGAGUUAAGCAUGCCACAGGUGAAGCUGUCUACUGUGAUGACAUGCAUCCUGUAGAUGGAGAGCUCUCUUUGGCCGUGGUCAAAAGUUCAAAAGCGCAUGCAAAGAUUGUAUCAAUUGAUGCAUCAGAGGCCUUCACAGUGCCAGGAGUGGUUGAUGUGGUAACAGCUAGUGAUGUUCCAGGGGAAAAUGGCACUAAAAAUGAAAAAGCAUUUGCCGAAGAAGAGGUGAUUUGUGUGGGUCAGAUUAUCUGCGCUGUAGUUGCAGAGUCAGAUAUUCAGGCAAAAAGAGGUGCUGAAAAAGUGAAGAUAUGGUAUAAAGAACUGGAGCCAAUUCUGACCAUUGAGGAUGCAAUAAGGCACAAUUCAUACAUUGGAAAAGAAAAAAAAGUAGAAAAAGGAGACAUUGAGAAAGGAUUUAAUUCAGCUGAUGAAAUAAUUGAAGGUAAAAUGCAUAUUGGAGGACAGGAACAUUUUUACCUGGAACCUAACAGUGUACUUGUUGUUCCAAGAGGAGAGGAUAACGAAAUGGAUGUAUAUUCAUCUACUCAGCAUUCAUCGAAUGUACAGGAAUUAGUGGCUUCAGCUCUAGACGUCCAGUCCAAUAUGAUCAUGUGCCACACAAAACGUGUUGGUGGAGCUUUUGGUGGGAAAAUUACAAAACCCUCCUAUUUUGCUGUAAUUGCAGCAGUGGCAGCAAACAAGACUGGGCGUCCAGUCCGUUUUAUAUUGGAGCGACAUGAUGAUAUGCUCAUCGUUGGAAACCGGCACCCUUUCUUUGGAAAAUAUAAAGUAGGAUUCAUGAAUGACGGUAGAAUCGUGGCUGCAGACAUUCAGGCCUACAUUAAUGCUGGGUGUACACCAGACGAGUCUGAAAUGGUAAUAGAGUUUAUUGUAUUAAAAAUGGAUAAUGCUUACAAAAUCCCCAAUUUCCGAGUCAGAGGCCGCGCCUGCAAAACACAUUUGCCCUCAAAUACUGCCUUCCGGGGAUUUGGCUUCCCACAGUCAGGACUGUUUGCAGAAACCUGGGUUACAGCCGUGGCAACCCAAACUGGUUUACCACCCGAGAAGGUUCGGGACAUGAACAUGUAUGAAGGAGUUAAUGUAACUCCUUUCAAAGAGCAGUUUGAUGCAACAAACCUGAGGAAAUGUUGGACAGAAUGUUUGGAGAAGUCUGAAUACUACAGCAGGAAAACAGCAGCGGAAGAAUUCAACAAGCAAAAUUACUGGAAAAAGAAAGGGAUUGCUAUUAUUCCCAUGAAGUUCACAGCUGGAUUUAAUAAGACGUUUUACCAUCAGGCUGCAGCUCUGGUGCAUAUCUAUACAGAUGGGUCAGUGCUGGUGACUCAUGGUGGAGUUGAAUUGGGACAAGGAAUUCACACCAAGAUGCUACAGGUUGCCAGCCGUGAAUUAAAGGUACCACUGUCAUACAUACACUUGUGUGAAACAAGUACAACAACUGUACCUAACGCAUUAAUCACAGCAGGAUCAGUUGGAUCAGAAACCAAUGGAAAAGCAGUCCAGGAUGCUUGUCAGAUUCUUCGGAAGCGCCUGGAACCCAUCGUUCAGAAGAAUCCUGAAGGCAAAUGGGAGGACUGGAUUAAGGAAGCUUUCCAGGAAAGCAUCAGUCUCUCGGCUACUGGCUAUUUCAAAGGCUACAUUACAUAUAUGAACUGGGAAAAGGGGGAAGGCCACGCUUUUCCAUAUUUUAUUUUUGGAGUUGCUUGUUCUGAAGUUGAGAUUGACUGUCUGACAGGAGACCACCAGAAUAUCAGAACAGACAUUGUCAUGGAUGCUUGUUUCAGCAUAAAUCCUGCUGUAGAUAUAGGACAGAUUGAAGGUGGCUUCAUUCAAGGGGUAGGACUUUUUACAAUGGAAGAAAUAAAAGUUUCUCCAGAAGGAAAGCAGUACACUUUGGGUCCAGAUACAUACAAAAUUCCUGCUGUCUGUGACAUCCCUGAGCAGUUCAAUGUUUACUUCCUGCCAAAUACACGAAAUCCAAUUGCCAUCUACUCUUCCAAGGGCAUGGGUGAAGCUGGGGUGUUCCUUGGGAGCUCUGUGUUCUUCGCUAUAAGGGAUGCAAUAGCUUCUGUGAGGAAAGAAAGAGGAUUACCAGAGAACUUCACACUGGACAGCCCCCUUACCACUGAGCAGAUUCGAAUGGUCUGUGCCGAUGACUUUACUGAGAUGAUUCCAAGAGAUAAGCCUGGAACCUAUAAACCUUGGGACAUUGAAGUAGCCUAAUACUUUCUUUCCUCAACCCAGAGCAGGGCUCAAGCUCAAUCUGGGAGCUAUAGCAAGAUGCUUUUACCACUCUGUUAGUACAUGCUAAGACUAGGUGAAAUUCUGGUCCUUUUGAAAUCUACAGCAAAACUCUCUUUGAAUUCAAUGAGAUCAAGAUUUUCCCUGCAUAUUGUUGAAGAUUUGUUCUUUAUUAACUUAGAUAAUUGGGUAAUACUGUAUAUUAUUCCCUUCAUUCCUAAAUUUACUGUAUCAAAUGGCCUACUGUUUUUACAUGUCUAUUCAUUACUAGCUUACCUAGUGGUUACUUAAUGAAUUAUAUGGAACAAACAAAAUGAUUGAAACAAACAAAAUCCUCUAUUCCAGCACUUUGGGAAUUGGGACAUAUGUUCUUGCAUUUGAAUUUGUGAAAUGUA